AUGGAGGUAGCAGCUGGCGCCGACAGUUGUGGUAUGGAGCGAGAUCGGAAGAGGGUUGCCGGUGGGAGAAAUCGGAGCUAUGGUCCCGUCGGUGGUGAAGAAAAAUCAAAUCCAAUGGAGAAUAGGGUUCAAGAGAUCAUAAAGCAGCAAAUGUUGAGUGUUGCGAAAGCUGUGCCUCCACCUCCUUCAUUUAGCUAUUGUCGGCGAUGGGUUGUUUCUCUGGUGGUUGGGCUUCCCCUGACCCACACAAAUACUGCACAAUUGCAUCCAAAACAAGGGAUUGAAUUUACAAUGAUUGUCAAAUAUUGCUUAUUUGGAAUACUCCACUGAAACAAGGGUAAAUUAGAUUAGAG